AGAUAAGCGUGAAACAAAGGAUUAACAUCUCCAACGAUGGCGACUAUAUCUGCACGAUUGCGACCUUUUCUUGUAACCAGGAAUCUCUCUUGUCUCGUCUCCUUUAAAUCCUCUCUUCUUCCUCUGAUCAGAACUCGGUCGUUUCGUGCAUCAAUGGCUUCGUCUUCUCCCUCCUAUUCGACGUCGUCUUCCUCCUCAUCGAAGCUUCUCUUUCGUCAGCUCUUCGAGAAGGAGUCCUCGACAUAUACGUAUCUUCUCGCCGACGUGUCUCAUCCCGAUAAACCUGCUGUGUUGAUCGAUCCGGUGGACAAGACUGUGGAUAGAGACUUGGGUCUGAUCAAUGAUCUCGGCUUAAAGCUUAUCUAUGCCAUGAACACCCAUGUUCACGCCGAUCAUGUUACUGGAACUGGGCUCAUUAAGUCCAAGGUUCCUGGCGUAAAAUCUCUUAUUUCGAAAGCAAGUGGUUCCAAGGCUGACAAGUUUCUUGAACCUGGGGACAAAGUGUCUUUCGGUGGUCUGUUCCUCGAGGUUCGUGCCACACCUGGCCAUACCAUAGGAUGUGUUACUUAUGUGACUGGAGACGGGGAGGAACAGCCCAACCCGAGGAUGGCUUUCACGGGUGAUGCUUUACUGAUUCGUGGAUGUGGAAGGACAGAUUUUCAGGGUGGAAGCUCGGAGCAACUCUACGAGUCUGUUCACUCACAGAUAUUUACAUUGCCCAAGGAUACACUGAUCUACCCGGCUCAUGACUACAAAGGUUUCUCGGUUAGCACCGUCAGAGAAGAGAUGCAAUACAACCCGCGACUAACGAAAGACAAGGAAACGUUCAAAAACAUAAUGGCAAAUCUGAAUCUGGCGUACCCGAAGAUGAUUGAUAUCGCUGUUCCGGCAAACAUGGUAUGUGGGUUACAAGAAGAUCAGGAUCUGCCUUCCAAAGCCAACUGAACUUUCUUUCAGCGACCGUCCCGAGUUUUUAUUUAAAGAAAAUGAAAAACGGGAAUACAAGUUUUAUGGAUCUCUUGAGGAUUCUACGUUUUAGGUGGAAACACGAUUUAGGAGUAUUGUUUGAAAACAAUGGAAGAUUCUGAAUAAGAGUAUGUUUAUUUUAUUACAUUAUUGGUUAAAUGUCGUUGAAAAGUGCUUAUACUUUGUGCUCUUGACUUGGUCGCUGAGUGUUGGGCUCAACAAACGCAUUUAGUGAAAGAUUUGGGUUCCCGAAAUAUCUGAUUGGGAAGAUUA